AUGAAGAAUGCUACCAGUACAGUUUCUCCAGUCGCAGAAAUUAACCCAAAAGAGGAGAGGUCCUUGGUAUGGCGACUGGAUAUCUUCUUCUUGACGAUUGGCUUUCUAGGCUAUGCAUUCAAGUACUUAGAUCAAACCAACAUUAGCAACGCCUAUGUUUCCGGAAUGGAAACGGAUUUGGAACUUUAUGGAAAUGAGCUGAAUUACUUUACCACUUUCUUCAAUAUUGGCUACAUGAUCAUGCUAUAUCCCUCAUGCAUUAUAAUUUCCCACGUUGGCCCAUCAAUUUGGCUACCCACCUGCGAGGUCUAUGGCCUUCGCUUCCUGAUUGGCUUUUUCGAAGGCGCAACUUGGCCAGGUUAUUUUACCAUCAUCAGGUCAAUAUACUCCACUCUACCCCAAGAAGCACGCAUGCUGACUCUGCGGUUUAGCCAAUGGUACUUGCCUCAUGAAAUGGCUCUCCGAAUGAGUCUUUACAACAUUGCCCAACCCGUUGGGGCUAUGUUAUCUGGCGCGAUGCAAGGCGCACUUUCAACUAAUCUGGAAGAUGCUCUUGGCCGAGCCGGCUGGCGAUGGGCAUUUAUCAUCAAUGGUGUCUGCACUAUCUUUAUCGCCUUAUUGGCUUUCAUGCUUUUACCAGGUUUUCCGGAUCGCCCCAACCCUCUCACCAAAUUUUAUCUCAGACCUCGGGAUAUCGUUGUCGCUGAAGAGCGAACUCGAAGGAUAGGCCGUGAUCCACAGGUUGGAAUUAACGUCAAAACUUUCCUGCGAUGCUUCAAAUUUUGGCAUGUCUGGUUAUUUUCAAUUGCCUGGUCUAUCGGAGCCAACACCACGCCUUCAAGUUAUUUCAACCUUUGGCUCAAGUCUCUCAAAAACGCCGAUGGGAGCUUGAAAUACUCGGUUGGUAUGCUCAAUUAUCUACCAAUUGCAGGCCAGGCACUCCAACUAGUUGCGGAACUCUUGUUCAGUGGCUUCAGCGAUUAUCUUGGUACUCGGCUACCAUUUUUGCUUCUUCACUCAGUGAUCAAUAUCACGUCACUGAUCAUUUUAAUAAUACGACCUGAAAGUCAGAGUGCCUACAUGGCUGGCUGGUAUAUGAACUAUGUUGGGGCGUGA